UUAUGAAUAUUAACAAAAAAAAAAUGUAUGCAUGUCUGUUUAGCAACAUUCAACUGACAUCUUCACAUCUGACAUCGUUAAUUAUAUAUUAUUGCCUUCGCUUUUUAUACUUUUCUAGUUUGAAUCAGUUUUGUAUAUGUAAGUUUACUCUCAGUCCAUUAUAUAUGUCUAUACUCAUACACUUUCGGCACACUUUUCCCUCAUCACUUUGUUGUGCUUAAUCAUCAUGUUCUUCGGUAUUAUAUUUUUACGCUCUCCCGUCAAGAGAUAUCUUUAUUUGCACGCUCUUCAGUUGAUAUCAUUGUCUCCACCCUCUGCAUCCGGUCAAAUUCUGAUGUGGCUCUUUACCCUAUAUCUAAUAUACACACACUUAUUCACAUUACAUCUGAACUCGUUAAUAAUCAAAUAAUUUGUGACUGCAUGAUACGACCAUUUCCACAUCCUCAAGACUAAGUGACCUAAGAUUCUGCAGCUAAAGUGAAACCUAUUUGACAAGUACAACAUUUGGACUAACACAUAUUUAUGGUCACUAGAUUGUCUUACAUCAUGGAUGCUACUAUAAAUCAAACUUUUCUCAACAUUGAGUCAGUAUUGUUAUGAUUACCAUCCUUAUUAAACUUUAUCAAGAUCUUUUGAAAUGAGUUUCUUUCCAAGUCUCCGGAAGAAACUUUCUAUUUUAUUUAUUAACAACAAAAAAAGAUCAGUUUUAAAACCUUCAGCCUCAAGUAAUUCUGUUUCGAGUAUCUACUGCAAUUGUUGUGAAGAAAAGUUAAACACAUCUGCUCAGAAAAUUCUUCGUUUGUAUCAAAUUCCAUUAUUGAAUUCUUAGUUUCAUUUUGAUAUUCUUAGAUUCUUGAUAACCCAGUUUGGCUUAUUGAUUUUCUAACUUUUUUUUUUUGUCCCUAACUGUAAUGUUUAUUUAUUAAGCCACAUUAAUUGCAAUUUAAAACUUCUUUUAUUAUUUAUUAAUAUUUUCAAAAAUUAUAUACAUAAACCUAUUCCAUUUCGAAAGAAUUGCAGACUUGCUCCCAUCUUUUUUUAUCAAAUUAAGGAACUAAAUUAUUGUUUGUAAUAUAGUAAAUAAAACUAAAUACCAAAUAAUGGAAAUACAAACUGCUGACAAACAGCAAGCACAGGCUCAAUUUACAUGGGAGGCUUGCAACACUGCAUUUGCCUACCCAACAAUAUUACAGGAAGCUGUUACCACAGCAACCACCACAGCUGGAUCAGCAGGAACAACAAUUGCUACAAUUGCAGUUUCAUCUGCAGCAGCAGUUAACAACAACGUUAUAUCACCAGCUGAUGAUACUGAAAAUGUAGCUUCUACUGAUAACGAACAACAACAGCAACAGCAGCAACAACAACAGCAGCAGCAGCAACAACAUCGACCAUUUGAAUGUGAAUAUUGCCAAAAAACUUUUUCCAAGAAUUCCAACCUAACUUCUCACCGGCGAUUGCACACUGGAGAAAGACCUUUUGUUUGUGAUUUUUGCAAAAAAACAUUUGCAAAAUCAUGGAACCUAACUUCCCAUCGUCGCAUUCACACAGGUGAGCGCCCUUACCACUGCGAAACAUGUCACAAGGCCUUUGCCAAGUCUUGGAAUCUUACGAAUCAUAGACGGACGCACACAGGUGAGAGGCCGUAUGGCUGCAAGUACUGUGCCAAAUCCUUUUCUCAUUCCUCCAACUUGACCUCACACAUCAGGUCACACACUGGAGACAAACCUUUUUCCUGCCACAUCUGUAAGAAAAAGUUUACAUUUGCGUCUCAACUCGGCCAGCACUUUCGCAGUCACAGUGACAACCGACCUUAUACCUGCGAGACAUGUCACAAGGCUUUUGCUGAUCAAGGAGUACUUGCCAAACAUCGGAAGAAACAUGCCAACACAAGUGUUAUAACCCCCUCUACAACCACAGUUAACAUUUCUGAUGGUACCAUCACUACUACAGAUGCUACCCAGCUGCAACUUCUGUGCAUAUGUGAGUUCUGUAAGAAGACAUUUGUUGAUGCUGCUUCGCUGUUGGUACACAAAAGCCAGAAACACAGCAAUGUUGAGAAAGCUUACCAAUGCCAGUAUUGCACAGAAACUUUCAACAAUGCCAACAGCCUCAAUUGGCACUUGCGUAACCAUACUACACUUGUCACCACUACUAACAGUACACCUACCCUUGUAACAGCUGGUGACAGCAAUAAAGUAGCAGUCGCAGUUGCAGCAGCAGCAGCUGCAGCUGCAGGUGGUGCAAACAGUUCUGGCAAUCCUGUAGCUGCCAUAGCUGCCUUCAGCUGUGAGUAUUGCCGUAAGACAUUCACUCGCUCAGACAGUCUUACUGUUCACAUUCGAACUCAUAGCACAGGAAAUGGAGCUGAAAUACCAACGAUUAGCUGUGACGUGUGCAAUAAAACACUGCUAAACCAAAGCAACAACGCCAGACCAACCUCAACAACUACAAUCCUUAAUUGUCAAAGCCAGGCAGUUCCAGAUGUGAAACCUAUCAUCAGAGUUGUGGAUCAAGAAGAAAAGCCCUCAAUUGAGUAUAUGCCAGCUAUCGAAAGGAAAGUGGAGAUUGUUGAACAAGCCAAUAGCUAUGAUGGCCACAGCCAAGAUGGUAUGUCCAUGGAGCAAAACAUAAAUGCUUACGCAGCUGCCAUUGAGCAACAACACCAACAACAGCAAGUGACCCAAGUGGUCACCUUUGAAAAUAGCAAUGCCAUUUUUACUCAUACUGAUUUACAGGUCCAUUUCCCUCAAAAUCAUGCGACAACACAAACCUCAUCAGACCAAACAGUCAUAUCUCAGGAAGACAUUUGCUUCAAGGCAUGAGUUCUGAUUCAAAAAUACUUCCCCUCUCACUACUGCCCAUUUUUUAAAAAGCACACACACACACACAUACAUACAUACACACACACACAUACACACGCACGCACACACACACACACACACAGCACACCUCCCUGCCAUUUCAUAUGUUUGUGGAAUGAAUUUGAUACAAUAUAGAAGGAUAAAUUGAUCACCAGCGGGACCUACCGUAAAAUGUUUUCUGAAAAAUUCUUUCUUAUUGCUCUAACAUCACUUUACCAUCUUGGGGGUCUAUGUCUGAGUCUGACUUGUUGUAAUUUGUAUUGACUCUCUUUCUUCAUGCUGUUGUGUCUGACCACCACUAACUUGUUAUUGUUGGGGAUGUAACUAUUAAACCUAUCAAUUUUGUCUUCAGACAGAGGCCAACAUCUACCAUUCUUCAGGAUGUGGCCAUUUCUUUCUUUCCCCAUCCCCAUUUUCUUUUCAGUAAGUAUCGACAGACACCGCUUGCUGAUGUUAUUCAAGAGCAGAAUGUCAGUUAACGGAAGAGAGUAGGACAUCUAAAUACCUCUUUGUAUUUAGGCUUUUUUAAAAUUUUGUUUCUCAUUCUACAUUCUGAAUACAAGCCCUCUGCCAGUGUCAAAUAAGCCCUUCAUUUUCUUAGUGAGGUCAAUACAAUUCCAAAACAAUUUAGUAGUACUACCAGUGUUGGUUCAAAUGACUGUGCCCCCCUCUUCUCAACAUUGGCUUGGUUGUGUCUCAUAAAUAUUAAAAAAUCAGUCAAGGAUAGAAUGAAGUAGUAAAUGGAUUGUGUGGGGUAGAGUUGUUUAGAGUAUUGUGGAAAUAGGAUUGGUAGGGGUGGGUGUUGGGAGGCUAUAUUGCCAGUAGUAAUCUCCAGACAAAUGCAUGUGUGCAUGUGCAUCUGGGAAGUGGAGGGGGUCAACAUUCUCUCUUUGUUUUGUCCUUAUAUAAUUUACCGAUCACCACUACCUGUAAAAUGAUCAAGUAUUUUUGAAUUUCUGAGAGAUGGUGAAAGAAAUGUACAAUAGAGCCAGCUGUGGUAUUUAGUUUUGUCUCUACAUUCUGAGUUCAAAUCUCAUUGGAGUUAACUUUUUCAUCUUUUUGCAGGGAUCAAUAAACAAGAACCUAGUUCAAAGUCUAAAUAUUGAUAAAGUCAACUUCGCCUUUCAUUCUCAUGGAAUUGAAAAAAAUAAGUCCAAUGUGUAGUAUUGUGUCAAUGUAGGGAAAUCCAUUUUUAUUCUUAUUACUAUAAAUACCAAGGACAAACAGAGUCAGCAUAAGCCAUGGAAAUUGUUUAUUGGAUACUUUGAAGAAUGUAAAUUUCAGUGCUUCAUUGUUCAGAGGUGCAGUCAACCUGUUCUUAGCUGUGUGUGUGUGUGUGUGUUUAUAUAUAUAUAUAUAUAUAUAUAUAGAUAUAUACAUAUACAUACAUGUGUGUGUGUGUGUAUGUGUAUUUAUAUAUGCACACUGGUUAAUUCUAGUUGCAAAAAUUCCUUUUGCACCUCAUCAAAAGGAAUUAUAAUUAUUGGCAAAUGUCUUUGUUGUAACCAGUUCAUUUCAUUUUAUCUCUAAUAUUUUAGGAAAGGCAUGCACAUCACAUUUCCUUAUUUCUCUACUCUUGUAAAUCUGAGAUUUUGUACUUAUGCAAAAUAUGUAGAAAUCUUUAUUUCUAAAGAGCGGAAUAGUUAAAGGAACAGAACUUCAGGCAAGACCUUAAUGAUACCUAUUUUGAUAGCACAUUCUUGAGUUCAAAUCCCACUGUCAUUGAUUUUUUUUUAAUACUAGUAAAGUUCUAAUAACAUACUGUUAGUGAAUUUAACUUACCCUUAACCUGAUGCAAUGUUAAGUCCUUAGCAAUCUUAGUUUUGACUUUGUUUUAAUUGUCAUUCAAGACUACUUUACUUAGUGCAAAAUAUAGAAAAAAAAAAUUUGAAAGAUAAAUUCUAAAAACAUUUGGUUUUCAUGCCUACAUUACACAUUACAAAUCAUCAUCACUGUCAUCAGUUUCGUUGUUGUUAUUAUUAUUGCAAAUACAGUUAGAGUAGAUGUUAAAAUCUAGUGAAGUUAAUAUGGGAUUUGUUUCUUAGUCAUUGCUAUUUCAUUUCACUUAAAUUUGUAAUGCUUUAAAAAAUUGAACAUCAUACACUCUCAAUUCACCUACUCCAUAAAUCUGAUGCUUUGGAUUCAGGUAAGGCUGCCAUUAUUUAUAAUAAUAUUAAGUACUGUGAACUGGUUACACAUUUUUUUUUUUGCCUGAUUAAAAAAACUACUAUUAAGUUGUUAUGAAUGGUGCAGUAUGGCUAGAAGUGGUAGAGUACUUUUCACUUUUAAGUUCUGUUCUUUUAUAUUUGGGGUUCAAAUCCAGCUGGAGCUUAAUAAAAAUAGAUUCAACCUUGACCUGGAGUUGAUUCAGUUGUCCACUCCCCUCCUCUAUUUGUUUGUGGCCUAGUUACCAGUCUAAGAAAUCCUCAUUAUUAUUUAAAGGAACUUGGUUGGGGUAAUUAGUAGAUAGAACAAACUAAAUACUAUUUGGUAUUUACUUUCAUUGUUGUAGGUUCCAAUAUCAAAUUCUGCCUGUAUUGACUCUUACAUUUCAUCUCCCCAUAAACAGAAAGGUUUAUUAGUACCAAUGAUAAAUAGAUUUGGAUAAAUUCAAUUAACUUUUCGCUCAGCACCCUAUCCCCAUCUCUUCUGCAAAAUAGGUCUUGUACCUUGUCAAAAGAAAUCAUCUUUGUUUUUGUUUAAUAAAUAUACCAAUUAAUCUUACAGCCAUAUUCACACAUCACUGAUUCACAUGGAAUUUUAAUCUCCAACCAAUCUUCCACAUUAUGUCAAGAAUCCCUUCCUCUCUUGGUGGAUGGAGGACAUCUUCAGUUGUUCUGUUUAUUUAAAACAAUUUGCAAGAAGAUUCCAGACAAGUUCCAAUCAGUAACUGCCUAAGUAAUAACUCUUUAGACUCUGCUGAACUGGUGCUGCUGCCACCACUACCAUGACCACGAACAGCAACAAUACUACUGCAACCACCACCACCACACCACCACACCACUAACGACAACAACACUUGAGCCAUUAUCUAUUUGAAUGAAAUUUAAAUAAACUGUUUGUUCAUACUAA